GCCAACACCUGAACUUCAAGAGUCAAGAGUCAAGAUCCAAGAUCCAUCCACCAUUUCAAGAGACAGUGACAGUGGCAGUACGCGCAGUACUUGUAACAUGGAUUUAUAACACUUAGUCAGACAAAUAAUAAAGCAGAGCCACUACGACCCUGAUUCAAACUGAUUACACACUAUUGUAUUGGUUUGUUCCCGAUCCUCCAAGGUUUCUUAAGUCUAAAAGUUUAUUGCAACCUACACUUUUAAACACUUUCUGGCCAACCUCAUUCUUCUCACUUGUUCACGCCAUCUCUCCUUUGAUUUACAACACCUAUUCCUUCUUUCACCAAACAACGUGAGAAAGUCUCAGCGAAUCCCUCAACAUUUCUUACUUUGAUCAUCAGGUCACAUACACUAACAACCACACGCCACUCCUGACUCGUUGCUUGCUUUUGAGGGUCAUCCACACCGAGAUCACUUUUCUUCGGUAGCCUUGUGUGCCUAGGACCUCGUCGGCUUUGACGAGCCAAGGACCCAUUCACAGUCACCAUUUCUUCCCAAUCUAAAAAGAGAAAGGCGGCUGAGGCGAUAUCAUACGACGACAAGGACGAGACUCGAACCAACAAACGGAUCGCCUCAGCAGCAGCAACUUUAGAAUCUUCUGCGAAACCUGUAACACUCCCCUCGCCACAAACCAACAGCAACAGUGUCGGUAUGGAUUCCGAGGACGAUUUCAUGUCUGGAGCAUCAAGUGAAGAUGACGUUCUUAUGGAUGAGAGUGAGAAUGAGGAUGAGUCUGAAGAUGGUAAUGAGUUCGGUUUCGAAGAGUCAGCACCAGACAUCAGCUUCAAAGAUGAUAAUUCGCAGAAGAAGAAGGCGACGUUCGACAUUAACUACAAGGUUCAUCAUCCCGAGGAUGUCCAAGGUCAGCAGGACGAACUUAUUAACGAAGUCAACAUGAUACUCGACAUUCGAAAGGAAGACGCAGCUAUUCUCUUGAGGCAUUUCAGAUGGAACAAGGAACGUUUGAUUGAAGAUUACAUGGAUCGCCCGAAAAAAGUUCUUGAUGAUGCUGGCUUGGCGUCGAGUAAAUCUGGGCCACCCAAACUUGAGGUUAUACCGGAUUUUGUGUGCGAUAUCUGCUGUGAGGACGAACCCGGCUUACAAUCAUUUGCCAUGAAAUGUGGGCACAGAUACUGCGUCAACUGCUACAAUCAAUACUUGAUUCAAAAGAUCAAGGAGGAGGGAGAGGCAGCUCGUAUUCAGUGUCCACAUGAUGGAUGCCGAAGAAUUAUGGAUAGCCACUCUCUGGAUCUCCUUGUCGCUGCAGAUUUGAAAUCACGAUAUCACGAACUCCUUACUAGAACAUACGUUGAGGAUAAAGAAUUCUUGAAAUGGUGUCCCGCUCCAGAUUGUCAAAAUGCUAUCGAAUGUGGCAUCAAGAAGAAGGAUCUCGAUAAGGUUGUCCCAACAGUCGUAUGUGAUUGCAAGCAUCGUUUCUGUUUUGGUUGCAUCUUAGCAGACCAUCAGCCUGCACCUUGUACACUGGUCAAGAAAUGGUUGAAGAAGUGUGCGGAUGAUUCAGAAACUGCCAACUGGAUUUCUGCCAACACAAAAGAAUGUCCAGAAUGUAAUUCUACUAUCGAGAAAAACGGAGGUUGCAAUCAUAUGACAUGUCGGAAGUGCAAACACGAGUUUUGUUGGAUGUGCAUGGGACUAUGGUCGGAGCAUGGUACAAGCUGGUACAAUUGCAAUAGAUUCGAAGAGAAGAGUGGCUCCGAAGCUAGAGAUGCUCAGGCCAACUCUCGAAAGUCCUUAGAACGUUAUUUGCAUUACUACAAUCGAUAUGCAAAUCAUGAACAGUCGGCAAAGUUGGACAAGGAUAUUUACCAUAAGACAGAGAAGAAGAUGAUCCAGCUUCAAUCUGCCUCGGGAUUAUCUUGGAUCGAAGUUCAAUACCUCAACUCGGCUAGUCAAGCUUUACAAACUUGCCGUCAAACUCUUAAAUGGACCUACGCAUUUGCCUUCUAUCUUCAGCGCAAUAAUCUUACCGAGCUAUUCGAAAAUAACCAAAGAGAUCUCGAGAUGGCUGUCGAAAAUUUGUCAGAAAUGUUUGAGAAACCUGUUCAGGAACUUGCAGUUCAAAAGUUGAAGGUUGAAAUCAUGGACAAGACAUCCUAUUGCAACAAACGUCGGGUCAUUCUGCUUGCAGAUACGGCCGAGAACCUUGCCAAUGGCUCAUGGUCUUGGAGCACAAACUUCUAGAUCGCACAUUGUUUAGUCUUUAGUAGCUUCUUCGCUAACCAUGACUUGGUCUUGGUAGAUGGCAAAGAAUUUUUAAAGACCAAGGAGUGAGAGCAACAACCAUUUUCAAGUAUGCCAGAAGAUUAUGUUAUACCGACCAUCUUCGAUGGUCUUCAAGGUUCCCUUCUACUAGUCCCUAGACCUUAAAUGUCUUUUGUACAGUGAUCAAAGUUUCUCUCUGCAUCAUUGGGCGUUUGUGCUGGCUUAUCUUAGUCCUCUUGACACUGGAUGUUUUCUUUAUUUUCUUAGCAUCUUUUGCGAUUUCCUCGGCCCGAACACCUUUUUACGACAUGGGAGGAAUAGGUACAAGAACGCGGUGAUUAAUUUUUCUUCCACUUUAGCUAUCUGUCUUCGUCCAUUUUAUCGAUCAUGGCGUGAUGGGGUUAUCAUAUUUGUUUUUUGCUCCUCUUGCUUGCCUUGUCUUUCUGCAAGCCGGUGGGGCAAUCUAUCUAUGUUUUGGUGGGUAUCGAAUGGAACAGGAUUGGUUUGCACUGGUAGGAAUUUGGUUUGGUUGGUUGCUGGUCGCUUACUUGCUUGCAAUGGAUUUGGGGAGUACAUAGGGGUGGGUGGUGUAUGAUCGGAUAGGUAGGGUUUAGGUGAUUGAGCUAGGUUACUACUAGGCAGAUAAAAACAAGAACCACAAGAUUGAGAUUGAGAAUAAGACCAGGAAUAAAGUCUGAUAUCGGGGACAGGAUCAAAUGAGAUAUAGCGAAUCAACGAAUUGAGAAUUAGCGAUGUUACUUUGUAUUUCGAAAUAAAAAGCGUAAAAAAUUGUGUCUUUCUACUGCUUCGCA